AUGCCUCCUCGACCGGUAGUAUCGCCACCGCGACGGAUUACGAGAUCCUCACUCGCGCGCUUUAGGUAUGGCGACAACGGCCCCAGUAGCAAAGAGAACUUGACUCCUACCCCUGCGGAUAUCGAAGAUAUAGUCCCAAAUACAGCGGCUAUCCGGAAGCGAAAGCGAACCACUACUCUCCUCGAAGCCUCGUCGACUUCGCCGCGACGCACGGUCAAGAAAGAAGAAGAAACCGAGACAAAGGUGACAGCACCCGCAGCAAGUAAACGUCAACGAAAGCCAGCUCGGAAAGCCGUCAACGCGGAUACCGGAGAGACAACAGUCAGCGCGCCCUCAGAUUGGGAAGAAAUAUACGAUGCUGUCAAGGCGAUGCGAUCCCCGGGCGGCGUAGCGGCCAAUGCAGCAGUCGAUACGAUGGGCUGUGAGCGACUCGCGGAUACUACAAUCAGCCCACGCGACCAACGUUUCCAGACCUUGAUCGCGCUUAUGCUAUCAUCACAAACUAAGGAUACAACUAACGCUGUCGCCAUGAAGCGACUGCAGACCGAGCUUCCCCCGCAUGCUCCCGGUGCUCCUCCAGGCCUUAAUCUCGAGAACGUCCUUGCGGCAGACCCGGAUCUGAUCAACAAGUUGAUCUGGGCUGUCGGCUUCCACAAUAACAAGACCAAGUAUAUAAAACAGACCGCGCCGAUCCUACGCGAUCAGUGGGGUGGCGAUAUCCCAAAUACGAUCGAGGGCCUGGUUGCGCUACCGGGCGUCGGCCCUAAGAUGGGAUAUCUCUGCCUGUCGGCGGCAUGGGAUCGUACCGAGGGAAUCGGCGUCGAUGUUCAUGUACAUCGUAUUACAAACAUGUGGGGAUGGCAUACAACUAAGAACCCCGAAGAAACGCGACUUGCGCUGCAGAGUUGGUUACCGCGUGAUCGCUGGCGUGAAAUAAACUGGUUACUCGUCGGGUUUGGACAGACUGUUUGUCUGCCUGUUGGAAGGCGAUGCGGCGACUGCGACUUGGGUCUACGCGGCCUGUGUAAAGCUGCCGAAAAGAAGAAGGUCCUUGAAGGGAGGAAGAUCCGAGAAAGUACUCAGGUUAAGAAGCUUGAAGAUGAUGGAUCGGUAGUAAAAUUGAAGAGUUAA